CCGCGGAGGACCAACUACGGCCGCCAGGUGGCGCGCUGUAAUUAGCGAAGAUUGAUUGACAGAUCGUCUUCUUCUUCUUCCCUGGUGGAGUUGGUGUGCGGCUGCUCUGCAGGAACGCAGCUCGGCACCAGCGGGACUUUUUGCAUUAUUGGACGUCAUUUCAGCGAACCUGUUCUGCUGUGACGUGUCACGUCCAACGUCCACGCGGGCUGCAGGUGCGCGGGAAAGGCGCAAGACGCCGCGGGAAAGUCGCGUGGUUUAAAGCGCGUGAAGGAACUUUCUGGAGGAAUCAGCCAGUGAGUCACCGCAUCGGCCCCCGUUGCCAUGGAAACGCCGAGCCAGAAGCGCAUGAGCCGCGGCGCCGCCUCCCCGGCCCGCAUCACCCGGCUGCAGGAGAAAGAGGAUCUGUGCAACCUCAACGACCGGCUGGCCGUCUACAUCGACAAGGUGCGCUCGCUGGAGGUGGAGAACGCCGGCCUGCGUCUGCGCAUCUCCGAGUCCGAGUCGUGCGUCAGCCGCGACCUCAGCGGCAUCAAGGCGGCCUACGAGAGCGAGCUGGCCGACGCCCGCAAGACCCUGGACCAGGUGGCCCGGGAGCGUGCCCGCCUGCAGCUGGAGCUGGGCAAGAUCAAGGAGGAGUACAAGGAGCUGAAAGCCAGGAACAGCAGGAAGGAGUCCGACCUGGAAGCGGCUCUGGCCCGCCUUCGAGACCUGGAGGCGCUGCUCAAUUCCAAAGAUGCCUCCCUCAGCACGGCCCUGGCGGAGAAGCGGGCCCUGGAGGCCGAGGUGAAGGACCUGAAGGCCCAGCUGGCCAAGUUGGACUUGGCCCUGGCGGACGCCAAGAGGCAGCUUCAUGACGAGAUGCUGAGGCGGGUGGAUGCUGAGAACCGCCUGCAGACCCUGAAGGAGGAGCUGGAGUUCCAGAAGAACAUCUCCAACGAGGAACUACGCGAGUCCAAGCGGCGCUACGAGUCGCGCGUGGUGGACGUGGACGGCGGGCGGCACAUUGAGUUCGAGAGCAAGCUGGCGGAGGCGCUGGCCGAGCUGAGGGCGCAGCACGAGGAGCAGGUGGGCUUCUACAAGGCGGAGCUGGAGAAGACCUUCAACUCCAAGCUGGAGAACGCCCGCCAGUCGGCCGACAGGAACAGCCACUUGGUGGGCGCCGCUCAUGAAGAGCUGCAGCAGACACGCAUGCGCAUGGAGAGCAUGUCAGGACAGCUGGGGCAGCUGCAGAAGCAGCUGUCCCUGAGCGAGGCGAAGGUGCGCGAGCUGGAGGAGACGCUGAGCCGCGAGCGUGACCUGAUGCGCAGACGUCUGGAGGAGAAGGAGCGCGACAUGGCCGCCAUGCGAGCUCGCCUGCAGAGGCAGCUGGACGAGUACCAGGAGCUGCUGGACAUCAAGCUGACGCUGGACAUGGAGAUCAGCGCCUACAGGAAGCUGCUGGAGGGCGAGGAGGAGAGGUUGCGUCUGUCGCCCAGCCCUACCCAAGCCAGGGUGACGGUGACCCGCACCUCAGGCUCCUCCCACAGCCGCCUGGGCCACGCCGCCGCCUCCAGCAGCCGCACCUCCUCGGGCACGGCGGUGGCCAAGAAGCGGCGCCUCAACGACAACGACAGCGAGGCCUCCAGCGUGGUGGGCGGCACCGUCACCAAGACGCGCAUCAGCCAGCACGCCUCAGCCAGCGGCCGCGUCACCGUGGACGAGGUGGACCUGGACGGCAAGUUUGUCCGACUCUGCAACAAAAGCGACGAGGACCAAUCACUGGCCGGCUGGCAGGUGAGGAGAACGGUGGGAGGAGCCAACCCCAUCAUCUACAAGUUCCCACACAAGUUCAACCUGAAGGCUGGAGCCACCGUCACUAUCUGGGCGGCGUCCAGCGGCGGUAGCCACGCCCCCCCGUCUGACCUGCUGUGGAAGAGCCAGGACUCCUGGGGCAGCGGCGACCUCCUGCAGACGGUCCUGCUCAGCGCCAGUGGAGAGGAAAUGGCCGCCAGGAAAGUCACCCGCAGCCUCUUCCAGGAGGACGACGACGACAUGGGCGCUCACAGCACCAGCGGCGACAACGAGUACAACUUGCGCAGCCGCACCGUCAUCUGCGACUCCUGCGGACAGCCGUCUGACCGCGAUGGUUGCGGCGGCGGUGGAGGCGGCGGGGCCGACCCCCUUGUGGGACAUUCCUUUUUCAUGGGCACUAACCAGCCCAGACAGAGCGGUGUCAGGCCUGAGAACUGCGUGAUGAUGUAACACAGACGUGGUGAUGUCACGCAGACGUGAUGAUGUCACGCAGACGUGAUGAUGUCACGCAGACGUGAUGAUGUCACGCAGACGUGGUGAUGUCACGCAGACGUGAUGAUGUCACGCGGACGUGGUGAUGUCACGCAGACGUGAUGAUGUCACGCAGACGUGAUGAUGUCAUGCAGACGUGGCCUCCUUCCUGCAGCAUCACUUCCACUGCUGGGAUCUUUCUGCUUUUCUAUCCACAUACUUAAAGGACCUUGCUCUGCGUGUACGUUGUUGCAUGUGCUAAUGCUGACACACACACACACACACACACACACACACACACACACACACACACACACACACACACACACACACACACACACACACACACACACACACACACACACACACACACACACACACACACACACACACACACACACACACACACACACACACACACACACACACACACACACACACACACACACACACACACACACACACACACACACACACACACACACACACACACACACACAGCUUUUUGUCCAGUUGAGGUAUACGUCAAGCCCUGUCAAACGUCAACACGCACAGCCUCGUAGGAGAAGGUGCACACGUGCACGCACACGUGCACGCACACACACAAACGUCAAGAUGUGAAAGUGAAAGCAACCAAGCUUCAUUUCAAGUGAAAUCCACUGAAAGGACUUUUUGAGCAGCAGUGUUGUCUUCUCAGGUGUUCUGCUGAAUGUUUUGCAUGCAAAUUGUCUUUCUUCACUUGUCAUUUGUGUUUGUUUAGCAGAAUGUUGGCCACUAAUGAGUGUUCCCUAACACCAAAGAGGUGUCGUCACGGUAACCCUGCACUACAUGUUCAGUGCUGAUGCCGUUUGUCGUCACGGUAACCAGGGUGUGUCUUACUACGUGUUGAGUGCUGAUGCUGUUUGACAACAUUUUUGAUGAAGCUUGCAAACUGCCAACGUGCCUUCAGACGUCUUCUCUGGCUCGCUUUGCUUUUUUUCCUGGGUGGGAUGUGACUUAUUCAUUUUCUGUCCUGCAGUCAAGUAUAGCAAAGCAUUUAUGUUUCUGUUUCCUCUAAUGCAUUUGUUGUCUUUUUUUUCUUCACCAAAAGUGCCUUCCAGUCAUCUCCAAAGAUGUACAAUUGACAAAGAGUUGAAAAUGGAUGUAAACAUUGAAGGUUUUUUUUCUGUCUGACUGAAACAUUUUGCCAUCCUGUCAGCGUCAGAUGAGUUGAUGACGUUUGUUGUUCACUUUGAACAAGCCUUGAAGUGAUGAAUGUUUGUCGUUCACUUUGAACAAGCCUUGAAGUGAUGAAUGCUCACACUUAAAACAACAUUCUCUCCCACAGCGACUCAUUGUCUUUUUUAAUACAUUCAUUCAAAUCCAUCUUUUGCUUUCAUUUCCAAAUAUACACAAACAUUUUGACAUCUUAAAGUUAGUGAGUCUGUUGACUUAGUUAACUGCAGUUAAGCUGACGCAGGCUGACCAAUCAGAGCAGGCCCAACACU